UGGUGCAUUUUCCUGAACUUUCUCAAAAUUGUCCGGUGGUUGUGGUAAGCCGGUGACGCGAAAGAACUGGCGCAGUGGAAGGGUGGACGCUGACGUCCUGCUGAAACAUUUGAUCUUAAUUCCCGUUAAACGAUUCUGUGUCGUGGGCCCGUUUGGAAGGUGGUCGAAGUGGAUUGAUUUGUUUUGUUUUUUUUUUUUUGAACCAUGUCUUGGAUACCGCCAAACAUAGCAGAAGCGUGCCAAGUCUACACGACGAUCACGAACUGCGGCCCAUCGACGUUCCUCUUCCUUCAGCUGGUGACGGAGCUGUUUGGAUGGUCGAGAGAUAAUCGGAGGCAGAUCGGCGGUUUCUCAGGGUUCGAUCAUGAUUUCAAUCAGUUUUUGAGCCACAAUAAUUUCGACAGUUUUGACACGGAACACGGGGAAAUUGAAGAUAACGAAUACGACUUCAUCGUUGUUGGUGCGGGCAGUGCGGGGUGCGUGGUCGCCAACCGGUUGACGGAAGUGAAGAAAUGGAGGGUACUGCUUUUGGAAGCGGGAGAUGAAGAACCAGAAGUCGCCGAGGUCCCCGCUUUCGCCCCGGUGCUUCAAAGGUCCAGCAUUGACUGGGGAUACGAGACUCAACCGCAGCCCAAGGCAUGCCUCGCCCGCCAAAAUGGACGAUGCAGCUGGGCAAGGGGACGAGUCAUGGGAGGAUCAUCCACCAUAAACUACUUGAUCUACAUUCGUGGUAUUCCGAGGGACUACAACGAAUGGGCCGAAAUGGGCAACAAGGGUUGGUCCUUUGAGGAAGUGCUGCCGUACUUCAUUAAGUCCGAGGAUAACCGCAAUCCCGACAAGGUCGAUCCACACUUCCAUGGAGUGCACGGAUAUCAAAGUGUUGAAGUGUUCCCCUACCAGGACCACGUAACACUCAGCGUAUUAAAAGGAUACUCCGAGUUGGGAUUGCCGAUCGUAGAUCAGACUUCUGACGACGUUAUUGGUGCCAGUUUGUUGCAGCACACCACCCGAGAUGGGGAAAGAUUCAGCACUAACGCCGCGUUCAUCAGACCUAUUAGAAACAAGAGAAAGAAUUUGGUUGUUCAAACUAGGGCGGAAGUUACUAGAGUUUUGAUUGACCCCAAUUCCAAAACAGCAUUUGGCGUCGAAUACAUGAGAAACGGCAGAGUUAUUCAAGCUAAAGCGAGGAAGGAAGUAAUAAUGUCAGCUGGAUCUUUGAAUUCCCCUAAAAUCCUUAUGUUGAGUGGAGUGGGACCUAGGGAUCACUUACAAAGUCACGGUAUCCAAACAAUUAAGGAUCUGGCAGUCGGUUUCAAUUUGCAAGAUCACACAACAAUUGACGGUGUUAUUUUUGCUUUAACUAAUCACUCCGCAACAACAGCCAGCGAUGAACAACAACGCCAAGAUAUCUAUAGUUACAGAGAAACACACAGAGGUCCUCUGGCUUCAACAGGAGCACUUCAAGCGAACGCUAUGGUACAAACCAAAUACGAACAAUAUCACGACGCCCCUGAUAUCCAGUACUCUAUGGACUCUGUAAACGUGCAAAACUUCUUAACUGACCCAAUUCUCACGGCUCAAACUGCAGUAACACCAUUAGCUUACUACGACGGCCUUAUGGUGAGACCAAUUCUUUUGAGCCCCAAGAGCAGAGGAGUGGUCAGAUUAAACGACUCAGAUCCAGUUUACGGUGCGCCCCUGAUUCACCCGAAUACAUUCACCGAAGAAAUCGAUUUAUUAAGAAUGGUCGAAGGCAUUAAACAAGUUUUAAAUUUGUUGGGUACUCAUUCCAUGCAAAAAAUUGGGGCCUCAUUAGCAACAACUCCGUUGCCAGCCUGUCAGUACAUUCCGUUUGGUAGUGAUGAGUACUGGGCCUGCGUGGCACAGUCGUAUACCACCACGAUUUUCCAUCCAGUUGGUACUUGUAAAAUGGGACCGAAAAGUGAUCCCACUGCUGUUGUAGAUCCUCGUCUUAAAGUGUACGGAAUUAACGGUUUAAGAGUCAUCGAUGCUUCGAUUAUGCCUAAAAUAAUCAGAGGAAAUACCAACGCUCCUACAAUUAUGAUUGCGGAGAAAGGUUCCGACAUGAUAAAGGAAAAGUGGCUAGGAAAAAUUGGUUUCUCCACCGAUUUCGAUGGAGAUGACUUUAAAUUUGACUUCUAGCUUACGUGCCUACGCUUUUAAUGCAUUCAUAGUCUGUUUCAUUCAGAGUAUUCCAUUCAUCUCAAUUGUAUAAGUUUUAGGUUUACAUAUUUGCUCGUAUUACAAUUAUUAAUAUAUACCAUACGUUUAAAAUUACUCUUUAAAUUGUUCAUUUUUUAAUUCUCUCCUGGUAUAUAUUAAUAGUACUAAAUAAGUAGGGUAUGAUACAUUGUGUCAAUUUGAUAGAUGUAAAACUGUAACUAUUGUAAUAUAUUUAUGUAGUGUAAGAUAACAAUUUUAUUACCUCAAGUCAUAAUGUAACAAUAAAUUAUGAAUUUUA